AUGGCACAGUCUCGCGACUGCUACAAGCGCCGGCACGGCAAGGCGACGUGGCGCUGUGGCAAGUAUGCUCACAAGGAUCGACCCAAGUGCUGCUGCUCCGACUGGGCUCUGAUGGCCUACCAUAAGGAUGAUGCGUACCGGAAGGACUUUUGCCCCAAGACACCGAAGUGGUACGACUUCACCUCUAGCCUGAAGAUCGACGUCAACAGCGGCUGGCAGGCGAAGUACGUGCAAGCGGAGAAGUGCGAGCUCCACCGGGAUACUUCCGUGGCGCGCUAUAACAAGAAGAAGUCUGCGGGAGACAAGGUGUCUGCCACCUUUGGAACGGUGGGUCAGUGGAUCUCGGACCACCGGCCGAGGAUUGGCGAGUAUCAGGUGCCGGUCGUGGACGCGCAAGGGCAGAGAGGCCUCCAAACACGGCGCUUCUGGUAUACGCAUGCUGGAAACGCAGCGAAGUACGACCACCACUGA